AUUUACUUUACUCGAAUAUUUAUUUAUCAUUCUCAAUAGACUAACCGUCGCACACCUCCGCCCAUAGCAUAUUUAAAUGCACUGCUGAUUAGAGUAAUUUGAGCUACAUAGUCCACGUAGCUCUAAAGUCGUAUAUCCCAGAGUGGACACUAUCUGUUCGCGCACUUUCAAACCGCAAGCGCUGUGCUGACGUGGUCCAGUAGCUAAUAAUUUUGAGAGCUGUUAUUCCCAUUUAAUUAAAUUAUUGUUAAAUAUUUUUAAACCAUGCUGACAAAGGCCCUACCUUUACUAUUGUGCUGCCUGGUGGUGCUGGCCCAAGGCUACAGUUUCACGUCGAAGGAAGUCAAGUGCCACGUGUGCAAGGCCACGGUGAUAGAGCUGGAAGAAGCCAUUGCCAAGGAGGAUGCCAAUAAGAAGGUCGAUGUGAGUGGUUUCCGCCUGGAUGCCCAGGGAAAUUCGGUAAGCAAGCGUGUACGCUUGAUCAAGUCUGAGAUGUUCCUCACUGAGCUCAUGGAGAAGAUCUGUGAAAAAAUGGAUGAUUACCUGAAGGCCACCUACAAGAGCAACGGCAAAUUCACACUGCUGAAGAUGAUAGUCAAUGGCCAGAUGAACCCGGAAUCUUCAUUGGUCGAUUUCGUCCAAGACGGCGAUCUUAACAAGAGUCUGGGCCACUUUUGCAAUGAGGUGCUGGAGGACAAUGACGAAAUCUUCCUGAAAGCAUUCCAAGCCGAGGAGCUGGGCAAUGAUUUGGAUAUCAAAAUCUGCUCGGAGCAGGCCAAAUACUGCGACGAGGCGCCCGUACAGGAUGAAUACGACUUUGACGAAAAGGAGGAGCUGUAGAGAUGUAGUUAUCCUAGUCAAUUCCACUAACGAAUUUCCAUGAUCAUCACCAUUGUGUUGCGCAGAGCCCACCCGCUCACGGCGGGCUCCGAUCCGUACUGAACUUUCGAACGAAACUUAUAUAUACAUAUUGUAUAGACAAAGCCAGCGCUUAAAAACUAGAUAAGACAAUAUACAUCAAAUCAAUGUGCAAUGCCAUCCAUUAA